UCUCCUCACUAAUCACAUACUCUCUUCCUUCUCUUCUUUACCACCUAAGAAGAAAAAAAAAAUAAUACUUUUCCCAAAUUUCAAAACAAAAAAAUUGAAACAAUAUUUUAUUAAAGUUAGUUACGUUAGUAUCGUAACAUCGUUAAUAUUAUCAUGGCGCCGAAGGUUAAGAGCGGUGACAUUAACGUGAAGAGUAACGGAAACGGUAACGGUAACGGUAACGGUAACUGCAACAUUAACGGCGGAGUUGUUAAGGAGCCGCAUUUUCGCGGUGUGAGGAAGAGGCCAUGGGGAAGGUACGCCGCCGAGAUCAGAGAUCCGGGAAAGAAGAGCCGUGUCUGGCUCGGCACCUUCGACACGGCGGAGGAAGCGGCGAGAGCCUACGACACCGCCGCACGUGAAUUCCGUGGUCCGAAGGCCAAAACAAACUUCCCUUACCAUACGGAAGCUCUCAAGAUCCAUAGCCCUAGCCAAAGCAGCACCGUUGAAUCCUCAAGCCGCGACCGUGACCGUGACCGUGACGCUGCUGCAGAUUCUUCUUCUCCGCUUGACCUCAAUUUGGCUCCUCCGAUCAAAGGUCCGGUUCGGUUUCCGUUUCAGCAUCGGUUUAGUCUGAAUCCGAUGCCGACGUUAAACCAGGCGCAGGCGCAGGCGUUUUACUUUGACGCUAAUCUACGCGCCGGGAACGGUUACGGAUUGGAAUACUUUCCCUCCGUGAAGGCGAGUGGAAUCCACGUGACGACGACCGGUGCACAGAGUGAUUCCGACUCUUCAUCGGUGAUUGAUCUGAACCACCGUGAAGACGGUGUAAAAGUAAAAUCCGGAAGAGAUUUCGGUUUCGAUUUUGAUCUUAAUUUUCCUCCUCCGGAAGAUAUGCUAUGAUUCAGAAUCUCAGAUUUUGUUUUUAUUUUUGCGGAUUAAGAAUUUCUCUUUAGUUUUUAAUAGUAGAGAAACACAGCAACGUCCGAUAAAGAAGAACGAAACAUGUGUGAAUGCAUAGGCGGUUGUGUCUAUUUUUUGCGACAGAGAAAGAAACCGUUGGUUUCAAUCUGUUGUUCCGAAACUUCACCAGUUUGUUUCUUUUUAGAUUAAUUGUAAUGUUUUUGGAUUUGUAGUCAAAGUAUAAUUGAAAUUAACACACAGAAUUUGCAGUAUUUGAUUGUUUAGUACUAGUAUCUUAUAUCCAGAAUACAUGUAUAUUAGUAUAAGUUUUGUUCAAUUUUGGACUUCAUCAUUGUUUUUAAUUAAUUCAAGGUUAAAGUAAUAACUUGUGUUCGUCUCAAAUUUAUCUUUAGUCUAGAAAUGUAUUGUUUAAGAGAAAUGCUAUGUGUACACCAUAUUUCUACACCUGAGAGUUUACA